AUGACCUCUUUGCCCUGCCCCCUCCCCGGCCCGGACGCCUCCAAAGCUGUCUUCCAGGACGUCGCCCCAGCCCCGUCGAUAGUGGCUGCGUACCCCCUUGGCCUGACCCCCGCAACCGCAGUCGCCCCCGAUUUGCCCUAUUCCGGGCCAUAUGGCCACCUCCUACCCUACCCCUACACCGGGCCGGCGACCCCCGGAGACUCUUACCUGCCCUGCCAGCAACCCGCGGCGCCCUCUCAGCCCUUCCGCGACCCCGCCGGGCACCCGCAGGAGCCGGAGGCAGACAAAGAGAAGCCGCCGCUGUCCUCGGAACCCUUGGGGAGGUGCUUGCAGGCACCGGCCAAGAAGCUGCGCAAGCCCAGGACCAUCUACUCCAGCCUUCAGCUGCAGCACCUAAACCAGCGCUUCCAGCACACGCAGUACCUGGCGCUGCCCGAGAGGGCCCAGCUGGCAGCGCAGCUCGGCCUCACCCAGACCCAGGUAAAGAUCUGGUUUCAGAACAAACGUUCCAAAUACAAGAAGCUCCUGAAGCAGAAUUCUGGGGGGCAGGAAGGAGAAUUCCCCGGGGGACCCCCGUCCCUGUCUUCCUGCUCUCCACCCUUUCCAUCCCUCUGGGAUCUGCCCAAGGCCAGGGCCCUGCCCACCAGUGGCUAUGGCAACAGCUUUGAAGCCUGGUAUCAGCAUCACUCCCCAGAUGUCCUGGCCACGUCCCAGAUGAUGUGA